GUGGCAUAGCAGCGGUGGCAAACAGUCUGGUUGCAUAGGGCAUCGCGUUGCAUGCGCACUCUCUCGGUGACCGUCGUAUCAAACAUAAGUUUGUGUGUGAACUGUGCUUUAUAUUUAUUUUAAAAAUGUUUUAUGGUAGUGUGUACUGGUGGGUCACCCUAAUAGCUGUAUGUUCAGCUGAGAAAUGGCGCUUCCCAGAGAAGACGGCGAGGUCGGCGCGCAUCGACUCCAAAGUCAAGUUCAGUGAUCCAUCUAUCAACAGUAACCAGAACUUCCUACCGAACAGAGGGAAUAUCCCGAACAAUGCGGUACCGAAUGAUCUAAUAGAUCAAGCAGCGUCCCAGAACUUUUACUAUCAGCCGGGUGCGGGGCACUACGGAGACGUGGUCCGGCCACCGCAGACACAAAAAGUUCCCUUCCUCAUGCAUCAGACUACUGAAAAACAAAUAUUUGAAAAACCCGUGCAAGAAUCUGACGGUACCCUGGACUCGCUUGACCGCUGCAUGUGCCGGCAGAAGCGGGACUGCAUGCAGAGACUGACCAAUGCGCGCGUUUGUGGCCCAAACAUGAAACUGUGUUGCUUCACUGACAACAAUCCUUCAGCUGUCAACCGAGCAGAGUAUUUCAACGAGCUAGUGGACGAGCGGCCCAUGUUGCUGCCGGGACGUGCCCUCAACAGCGGUCCCUUCCCGCCCCCGCCCGACUCUGUGCUCACUGGCGCCGGCAAGUACGCGCCCGGCCGCGCGCCUGACGCCAUGCUGCUGGCCGCGCUCGAUAUGUACCGCGCACAGCCCGCGCCCGUCAGACCCCGCCUCGGCCCGCUGCUGCCCACACGCAAGCACGUACCAACGCCGCAGCUCAAUCGGCCCGUGCUCAUUGGCACCGGCGGCCCUAACGCUCUACACCGCGCCGGCACUCACAUGGUACCCAAAACUAACUACAUACCGCCCGACAACGCCAAAAGACCGCUGCUCGUUGGACCCGAAGGCCCCUCUGGAGUCGUAGGACCCUACAGAAUCGGCCCUCAAAGUCAACACCCUAAGCCUUUGGUUAUCAACGAUGAAAGACCGGGACUAACGAACCCCAACGGACAGAAUUACGAGGGCAGUCUCAUUCCGUACAGCCUGCAGCAGGAUUUGCACCCGAGCCAGUCUGCUCAGAGACCGAUCCUCGUUGGCCCUGGAGGCCCCACCGGUGUCAUCGGACCGGAGUACAAUCAGCGACCUAUUCUGGUGGGUCCAGGCGGUCCCACGGGCAUCAUCGGCCCGCGCAGACCUAUCCUGGUCGGUCCCGGCGGACAGCCUGGUAUGAUCGGACCUAACUAUAUGCCGACAGCAAAGCCAGGCAUCCGACGGCCCGUGUUGGUGGGCCCUGGCGGACCGACGGGGGUCAUCGGCCCCUACAGGAUAUACUUUAAGUAACAUAAUGUUAGCUGUAUUUGUUAAGUCUUUUUUUUUAACAUGACUGCAAGCCAACCGCGGUCCCAUAGGAUUGUUUUAAUGUAAAUAAUUUAACAAAACUUUAAUUCGUGUAAGAAAUAUUUUAAUACUAAAAUGUAAAAAGCUUAUUAUUGUUAAAGAUAGACCUACUUAUGUAUUUUGUUUACGAGAGAUGGAGAGAGAGGACAAGACAUAUUCUUGUCUAUCUACUCUAGUCCACAAACAUGAAAUGACGAAAAAAUAUCCCGUAAAAAAACUAAUACAUAAUUUAAUAAAUUUUAAGUUAC